GCGAUGUAAACAAUGUAAUGUAAACGAAAAGAUAACGAACCCUAACUUGUUGUGACACUAGUAAGAACUCGACCCGAACAAAGCAAUCUUUUCCUUUGGUAUAGAAUCCUGCGUCUGUUACUCGAUCACAAUCAGAUUCGCUCGUGUAUUGAGUAUAAUUACGUUCACAAUUACCCUUGGUGGACACAUGAACCAUCCCUCAGUGCGUGCAUAAAUUUUAAUUUUUUCUACAAUUCUACACUCAGGAAACAACCAUCAUGGACAUCUUCUACGAAAAUCCUUCUCAUACAUCAUCUGGUCCUCCUCGUGUGAAAUCAGCAAACACGUCCAACCAGAAUCGCAGGAAAUUGGCUGAUGUUGGCAACACAAUCCAUCAAACAGCCAAAAAUUUGACUUCAGUCCACAAGGCAACAGAAAUGAACAUUAGACAAAAUGACUCAGCGAGUUGUAGGAACACAAGCACUUGCUUUGAAAGAAGAAUAACCCUAGAAAAGACUGAGCAUCUAGAUGAGGCUGAUCUCAUAGUUGUUGCUGAUCUUAAUCCUCGAUAUUUUUAUGACGAUGAAAUUGAAGAUCUUCAUGAGGACUGCUCUGUAGAUUUAAUGAUUGACGAAGUUGAUAGUUUACUACAACAGAAUUUAAGACUCAAUUCUGAUGAUUUUGAAUCCCUUACAUGCUUCAAACCAAUUAAAACCUCGUGGGAUGAUCAUUUUGACAAUGUGGAUGGUUACGACUCUCUUUAUACGAUGGAUGACCUAGCAGACUUAGAUAAUUUAGAUAUCCUUUUUGAUUGUCCAAGUGAUGGCAAAUUUCUUAGCUUCAGUUAUCCAUUCAACGAUUUCAUCGUGCCUGGCAUAGAUUUAGAUUUUUUAUAUUGAACAGUACAGAAUACCGAUGUUUUAAAAUUCAUGCUCUUUUAUUCUACUGAAUUUUCAGUUGUAUAAAGUUUAUUUUGUAUUUCCAAUGUCAAGAUGAAAUAUUUAAUGUUAAAAGUCACCCAGGAAGUUUAGCUUCUAGUUUGUAAGUGGGCUGGACGUUAUACAGUUGGUAAUGAAUUGAUUCCUCAAAAACUUCCCUCAUCGGUAUAUCCUUUGUAAAAAGAGUUUCUUGUGUGUCCUUUUCUGAGAAAACUUGUUUCUUUUCCCCUUCAGAUUUUUCACUAUCUUGUUUAAAUUUUACUAUAUUUUUUAUUUUUUCAAUAAAGCAGUUGUACCUUUCAA